AUGGGCCGGUCCUUUCGGCCCCAGAGGGUCUACCAAACGGCCAAAAUCAACCUGGCAAUCCCGCGCAACAGCAAAGCGCCACGCGCAGUUCCCCCAGUAUGGCUCAAAGUCAUUGAGAGGAUACCGCCGUCUGAGAUCUUGACUCGUCCCAAACCCACACCGCACCGCGACCCGAACCCACGGCAGCGCAACCCACGGAACAUCUUCAAGCCCCAGCAGAUCACAUAUCCAGAGGACGAGCUGCGAUGGAACUUCUUUAAGGACCACCCGUGGGAGCUGGCACGGCCCAGGGUGGUGGUAGAGCUUGACGGAAAGGAUGCGAGAUACGUGGACUGGAGCAAGGGCCUGAGACAGCGCGGUGUCCCAGUCACGGGCGAAUCAGUCGUUCAGAGGCAGCUAUGGCUCAUGGAGAACCGGAAAGGCAUGUCAAAAGAGCAGGCCUACGACAUAGCCCGCAAAGAGCUGUACGACAUACGGCAACAACAAGACAUUGAGAGGCGUGUUGCCCAAGAAGAGGCGCGCAUGGUUGGCGCAUACUUCGGCAAGUCGAGGUUAGAGGUCAGCAUGGAGCUGGAGAACGCGGUAUACGAGAAGUGGAAGAAGUGGGCCGAGGGCGAGGCCCAGAAACUCCAGGCUGAGCGCGAUGCGGCCUAUGCCAACUUCGGCACCGACGACAAAACGCUCGAGGUGGAGGAUGCUGAGCGUCUCGCAUGA